AUGGUAAAAUAUUGUCAUCCCAUUCCUAGAUUAGAUGAUAUGCUGGAUGAAUUACAUGGUUCUUGUGUCUUUACAAAAAUUGAUCUUAAGAGUGGAUAUCACUUGAUUAGGAUGAAGGAAGGUGAUGAAUGCAAAACUGCUUUUAAGACUAAAUAUGGUUUGUAUGAGUGUAAAGGAGGAAUUGAGGUGGACGAGGAAAAGGUGAAGGCAAUCCAAGAGUGGCCAACGCCUACAACAAUCAGCCAAGUGAGGAGUUUCCACGGCUUAGCUAGCUUCUAUAGAUGGUUUGUGUGUGAUUUUAGUAGCUCAACCGCCCCUCUCACUGAAGUCAUCAAGAAAAGUGUGUCGUUUAAGUGGAGGAAAGAACAAGAAAAGGCAUUUAAUCAGCUUAAAGAAAAGUUAACUAAUGCACUUUUGCUUGUUUUACCUAACUUUGCUAAAACUUUUGAAAUUGAGUGUGAUGCUUCAGGAAUAGGUAUUGGAGCUGUUUUGAUGCAAGAAGGCCUUCCAGUUGCUUAUUUCAGUGAAAAGUUGGGUCGGGCAACCCUAAAUUACCCCACUUAUGAUAAGGAGAUGUAUGCCUUGGUAAGGGCUUUGGAAAAUUGGCAACACUAUCUAUGGCCAAAGGAAUUUGUGAUUCACACAGAUCAUGAAUCUUUGAAGCAUUUGAAAGGACAGCAAAGGUGGAACAAAUGCCAUGCCAAGUGGGUGGAAUUCAUUGAAACAUUUCCUUAUGUGAUCAUCACAAGCAAGGAUCUGUAUGCACAAGAUUCUGAUUUUUGUGAUGUGUUCAAUGCAUGUGAAAAAGCAGCAUUUGGUUUACCUAGGACUAAGAGGGGGAGAGAUUUAGUUUUUGUGGUGGUAGAUAGAUUUUCCAAGAUGGCACACUUCGUUGCAUGUCACAAAACUAAUGAUGCAUCACAUACAGCUAAUUUAUUCUUCAAAGAAAUUGUUAGGCUACAUGGUAUGCCUAGGACCAUUGUUUCUGAUAGAAGUGUACAUUCUGCAUCUAAGUUUUCACCAUUUGAAAUUGUUUAUGGAUUUAACCCAUUGUCACCUUUGGAUUUAACUUCUUUACCUUUGAGUGAAUGUGUGAACUUAGAUGGCAAAAAGAAAGCAGAAUUUGUAAAGAUGAUUCAUGAAAAGGCACGGGUGAAUAUUGAAAGGAGGACUCAACAAUAUGUCCAUCAAGCUAACAAGGGAGGCAAGAAGGCAGUGUUUGAACCAGGAGAUUGGAUUUGGUUGCACUUAAGGAAGGAACGUUUUCCAGAGAAACGGCGUUCAAAACUCCUACCUCGGGGUGAUGGACCAUUUCAAGUAGUGGAGUGCAUCAAUGAUAAUGCCUACAAGCUAGACUUACCCGGUGAGUAUGGUGUCAAUGCAAGCUUUAAUGUUGCUGAUUUGUCUCCUUUUGAUGCAGGUGAUGAUUUGAGGACAAAUCCUUCUCAAGAGGGGGAGAAUGAUGCACACCAAGGAGCUGGACAUGCUGAUCAUACAAGUGGAAAUGAAGCUGAAUUUGCACAAGACCCUUUGUAA